AUGGCAAUCCCGCGAUUAGCCCAGCUCGUUAUGCAACUUCGCAAUGCCGAAGACGAAGAUAGGGAGCAAAAUGGCUCAGCUGAGUCUUUGUACAAAGUGAAUGAGCAGCCCCUUGGAACAGCAAGCAAAAUCCGCAUCAUCACCAUUGGGGUAGGUGCCAGCGGGCUGAAUGUGAUCCGGACUUUGCGCAAGCAACUCACAAACUAUGAGCACGUCAUCUACGAGAAAACCCUAAAGUUGGCGGAACGUGGUACGAGAAUCGAUACCCAGGCUGCAAAUGUGACAUCCCAUCACAUAACUACCAAUUCUCGUGGAAGCCAAACCAUGGAUGGAGCAGUUUCUUCUCCCCCGCUGAAGAGAUUGAAGGCUAUCUCUGUAACCUUCGUGGGCGCGUACUGGAACGAAAAUUCUGGACGGUGGCAGGUCACAAUCAAAAACCUGAAAACUGGGAAUAGUUUCGAGGAUCAUUGCGAAUUCCUUCUUAACGCAAGUGGGAUUCUAAAAGCUGAUUCGCGUGAUCACGCCAGUCAUUGGAAAUGGCCCGAGAUCCCAGGCCUCCAUGACUUCUCUGGGACCCUGGUGGCAGUUAUUGGCAAUGGCUCCUCCGGCGUACAAAUUGUACCAGAGAUUCAAAAUGGCGCCAAGCAGCUUGUUCACUUCAUCAAAGAGGCCACCUGGAUUGUGCCUCCACGCAUUCAAAGCCUGGCUAUGAGUCAAGCCGGCGGAAUCCUCGAACAGAUCGAGCUUGACGAGCACGAAAGAUUUACGCCAGCCCAGAUUGAGAGAUUCAAAGCGGACCCCCAGCUAUACAGGACAUUUGUUAAAGCUAUUGAGAUUCAAGUCAACAGCAACUUCUCUAUUGUGAUGAAAGAUUCAGAGACGAACAAGGCAACAACUGAAGCAGUUAUUAGAUACAUGCGAGCGGCCUUGAAAGACGACGAGAAGCUAACUAAAGCUCUCAUUCCCUCAUUUCCAUUGGGUUGUCGCAGAAUGACACCAGGAGUGGGCUAUCUCGAGUCUUUGUUGCAGCCUAACGUCAGGGUUAUCUCAGACCCCAUUACGCGCAUCACAUCAACGGGCCUGAUUACAGAGUCUGGAGAAACUAUUGAGGUGGAUGCUAUUGUUUGCGCUACUGGCUUUAACGUUUCCUUCUGUCCGCGAUUCCCUAUCGUUGGGAGAUCAGGUAAUCUUCAGGAUAUUUGGACCAAGACUCUUCCACGGUCAUACAUGUCGUGUGCCGUCCCUGAUUUGCCCAAUUACUUCGCCUCCAUCUGCUCCUCGGUUUAUAGCUCUUGUCCCAAUUCUCGCAUAUCAUCAUUAUUGACACUGAAAAUGGUUUUUCUCGGACUAAAUGCACCGAUCGGCCAUGGAAGUGUAUUCACCAUCACUGAACUCCUCGCUCAUUACAUCUCCAAUGUUAUCCGAAAAUGUCAGACAGAACGAAUCAAAGCCGUUGCGCCCAGCAAGGAUGCAGUGAACGAAUUAUACGAGCAUACGCAAGCAUUUAUGCCGCGGACAGCCUGGGCUGGGCCAUGCGCUUCAUGGUUCAAGAAUGGUACGGAAACUAGUCCUGUGACAGCUCUGCAUCCUGGAAGUAGAAUUCAUUUCUUUCAUACGCUGGAGCGAUUCAGGGGAGAAGACUGGGAUUAUGUCUACCAUACCAGAAAAAACCGCUUUUCCUAUUUAGGAAACGGUAUUUCCACCAAGGAGAUUGAUGGGUCGGAUUCCACAUGGUAUUUGAACCAGGACUAA